CCCAUCUCGCUGUCCCGUCGUGGGUCCGCGGCGGCCUUAGCAGUGACCGCGCGGCAGCCGGCAAACCGGCAAGCGGACGGGUGAGGGAACGGUGGGCCUAGCCUGCUCUCUCGAGGGAGGACUGGGACACCCUCCCGGUCUCCGGAAUCCCUCCAACCCUCGCAGCCCGCUCAGGCCGGCGAGGGAGAAGCCGAGGAGCCGCCAACGCUCCACCCGGUGCCGCCGCCGCCAUGGCUGCCAUGAUAGAUCGGAAGUGAGCCUCAGGGCGACGGCUGCCGGUGCCGGCCCUUGGUGUUUUGGUUCCCCGGUCGCCCCCGCCUGGGGAAGCGCGACGCGGCGGACCCCUGAUUCUCUCGGCUUCGCGACCGUGUACCUUCAGCUCAGGCCCGCUUCUUUCAAGACUGAGCGGCGGGGAGUGGCUCCCGGCCUCCGGCCCCGGCAGCGAGAAAGAUGGCGGACCCAGCCGAGUGCAACAUCAAAGUGAUGUGUCGCUUCAGACCUCUCAACGAUUCUGAAGUGAACCGCGGCGAUAAAUACAUCGCCAAGUUUCAGGGAGAAGACACGGUCAUGAUCGCGACCAAGCCUUAUGCAUUUGAUAGGGUGUUCCAGUCAAACACAUCUCAAGAGCAAGUGUAUAAUGACUGUGCAAAGAAGAUUGUUAAAGAUGUACUUGAGGGAUAUAAUGGAACAAUAUUUGCAUAUGGACAGACAUCCUCUGGGAAGACACACACAAUGGAGGGUAAACUUCAUGAUCCGGAAGGCAUGGGAAUUAUUCCAAGAAUAGUGCAAGAUAUUUUUAAUUAUAUUUACUCCAUGGAUGAAAAUUUGGAAUUUCAUAUUAAGGUUUCAUAUUUUGAAAUUUAUUUGGAUAAGAUAAGGGACCUAUUAGAUGUUUCAAAGACCAACCUUUCAGUUCAUGAAGAUAAAAACCGAGUACCAUAUGUAAAGGGAUGCACAGAACGUUUUGUAUGUAGUCCAGAUGAAGUUAUGGAUACCAUAGAUGAAGGAAAAUCCAACAGACAUGUAGCAGUUACAAAUAUGAAUGAACAUAGCUCUAGGAGUCACAGUAUUUUUCUUAUUAAUGUAAAACAAGAGAACACGCAAACGGAACAAAAGCUGAGUGGAAAACUUUAUCUGGUUGAUUUAGCUGGUAGUGAAAAGGUUAGUAAAACUGGAGCUGAAGGUGCUGUGCUGGAUGAAGCUAAGAACAUCAACAAGUCACUUUCUGCUCUUGGGAAUGUCAUUUCUGCUUUGGCUGAGGGUAGUACAUAUGUUCCAUAUCGAGAUAGUAAAAUGACAAGAAUCCUUCAAGAUUCAUUAGGCGGGAACUGUAGAACCACUAUUGUAAUUUGCUGCUCUCCAUCAUCAUACAAUGAAUCUGAAACAAAAUCUACACUCCUGUUUGGCCAAAGGGCCAAAACAAUUAAGAACACAGUUUGUGUCAAUGUAGAGUUAACUGCAGAACAAUGGAAAAAGAAGUAUGAAAGAGAAAAAGAAAAAAAUAAGACCCUACGGAACACCAUUCAGUGGCUUGAAAAUGAACUCAACCGGUGGCGUAAUGGAGAGACAGUGCCUAUUGAUGAACAGUUUGACAAAGAGAAAGCCAACUUGGAAGCUUUCGCAGUGGAUAAGGAUGUUACUAUUACCAAUGAUAAACCAGCAACCACGAUUGGAGUUACUGGAAACUUUACUGAUGCUGAAAGAAGAAAGUGUGAAGAAGAAAUUGCUAAAUUGUACAAACAACUAGAUGACAAGGAUGAGGAAAUUAAUCAGCAGAGCCAAUUGGUAGAGAAAUUGAAGACACAGAUGUUGGAUCAGGAAGAACUUCUGGCAUCUACCAGAAGAGAUCAAGAUAAUAUGCAAGCUGAGCUGAAUCGCCUUCAAGCAGAAAACGAUGCCUCAAAAGAAGAAGUAAAAGAAGUUUUACAAGCCUUGGAGGAACUUGCUGUUAAUUAUGAUCAGAAGUCUCAAGAAGUUGAAGACAAAACUAAGGAAUAUGAAUUACUUAGUGAUGAACUGAAUCAGAAAUCGGCAACUUUAGCAAGUAUAGAUGCUGAACUUCAGAAACUUAAGGAAAUGACCAACCACCAGAAAAAACGAGCAGCUGAGAUGAUGGCAUCUUUACUAAAAGACCUUGCAGAAAUAGGAAUUGCUGUAGGAAAUAAUGACGUGAAGCAGCCUGAGGGAACUGGCAUGAUAGAUGAAGAAUUCACUGUUGCAAGGCUCUAUAUUAGCAAAAUGAAGUCAGAAGUAAAAACAAUGGUAAAACGCUGCAAACAGUUGGAGAGCACACAAACUGAGAGCAACAAAAAAAUGGAAGAAAAUGAAAAGGAGUUAGCAGCAUGCCAGCUUCGUAUCUCUCAACAUGAAGCCAAAAUCAAGUCAUUGACUGAAUACCUUCAAAAUGUGGAACAAAAGAAAAGACAGCUAGAGGAAUCUGUUGAUUCCCUCAGUGAAGAACUAGUUCAGCUUCGAGCACAAGAGAAAGUCCAUGAAAUGGAAAAGGAGCACUUAAAUAAGGUUCAGACUGCAAAUGAAGUUAAGCAAGCUGUUGAACAGCAGAUCCAAAGCCACAGAGAAACUCAUCAGAAACAAAUUAGUAGCUUGAGAGAUGAAGUUGAGGCAAAAGAAAAACUUAUUACUGAUCUUCAAGACCAAAACCAGAAAAUGAUGUUAGAGCAGGAACGUCUGAGAGUAGAACAUGAGAAGUUGAAAGUUACAGAUCAGGAAAAGAGCAAAAAAUUACAUGAACUCACGGUUAUGCAAGAUAGACGAGAACAAGCAAGACAAGACUUGAAGGGUUUGGAAGAGACAGUGGCAAAAGAACUUCAGACUUUACAUAACCUGCGGAAGCUCUUUGUUCAGGACCUGGCCACCAGAGUUAAAAAGAGUGCAGAAAUCGAUUCUGAUGACACUGGAGGCAGUGCUGCUCAAAAGCAAAAGAUCUCAUUUCUUGAAAAUAAUCUCGAACAACUCACUAAAGUGCACAAGCAGUUGGUACGUGAUAAUGCAGAUCUUCGCUGUGAACUUCCCAAGUUGGAAAAGAGACUUAGAGCUACAGCUGAGAGAGUGAAAGCUCUGGAGUCAGCACUGAAAGAAGCCAAAGAAAAUGCAUCUCGUGAUCGCAAACGGUAUCAGCAAGAAGUAGAUCGUAUAAAGGAAGCAGUCAGGUCAAAGAAUAUGGCCAGAAGAGGACAUUCAGCACAAAUUGCUAAACCUAUUCGUCCUGGGCAACAUCCAGCAGCUUCUCCAACUCAUCCAAGUGCAAUUCGCGGAGGAGGUGCGUUUACUCAGAACAGCCAGCCAGUGGCAGUACGAGGUGGAGGCGGCAAACAAGUGUAAGGGUUACACCGUACCCACAGGUGUUGAAAAUAAUAGGAGUAUGAAGAGGACUUAAUAUCAAACAGUCAUUCAAUGACUAUAACCUUUACCCCCUGGGAAUUGUAGAAUUAUAACUUUUUUAAUGUAUAAAUUAUAUUUGGCCUGUACAGCUGUUUCCUACCCACUCUUAUAAACUCUGCUGCUUCCCAACACAACUAGAGUGCAAUUUUGGCGUCUUAGGAGGGAAAAAUUACAGUUUACAACUGUGGCCCUAUUUAUUACACAGUUUGUCUUUUAUGUCUUAAAUUUAGUUUUCACUGUGCCAAGCUAACUGUACCGUAUAGGAUUGUGCUUUUUGUACUUUUUUUGUUUGUGUUUAUUUUUUAAUCCCAGUUUAAAUUACCUAGCUGCUACCGCUUCUUGUUUUUCUUAUUAAAGUGUCUUCCUUAUGUUAGGGAAAAUGGAACACUUAGGUUAAAUGUCUUAAAUUUUACCACUUAAACACUACAUGCCCACAAAAUGUAUCAAGUCAGUACUGUACUUCAAUAUCCCUUGAAAUGAUUUCAGAGUCAAAAUUAUUUGUAUCAUCUCUGAAGUUUGCUUCUGAAAACUACUACUGUAUGUGCACUGAAACCUUAAAACUGCCGAAAUAGGCAUUUGAGACUGAGUAAGGCUACAUAAUUAUCUCAUGAAAUGCAUGUUGCUGAAUUUUCUUGAAUAGAAAUAUUUGACAUCAAAAGUAAAUCUCAGUUUAAGAAAGAGUUUGAAAAGGAAUUGUAUUUCUCUUUUUCCCUGUUCUAUAAUCAGCAUAGCUUGAUGGAAUGAAAAUACCCUGCUUCAUUCUGGUGAGCCUACUAGUUAACAUAAGAAUUGGACAGAUAUUUGUCCUCUUAAUAUAGUGAAAUAAAUUAUAGGAUAAAACAAUUUUAUAUUGUUAGUACUGUAUUGGUUGAUCUAAAUUUAUAGCCUAUGGGGGGGAAAGUGGAAGAACAGGAAAAAUAAUAUGGAGAAUUUAUAAAUAUGCAGGUAAAUUUUGGUCUGAAAUCCCUGAGGUAUUUUUAACCUGCUACACUGUUAUACAAUAUAAUUUAUUUCUUGUUUAACCUAGAAAUAGGUCAUCGUUUGCAAGUCACUAGUAAUCUUCAAAUUAUUUUUUUGGCUAUAGCCCUUAAUUUUGUAGUUAGUGCUAAGUGUACUUGUUUUUUUGCCACCUCUUCCUCAGAUGAUUAAACUAAAUCAACAGUUUGUUUUAGGAAUCUCUAAAAGUAAUAGAGAAAGAGAUUUCAAUAUUUGCUUCAUCAGUGGGGGGAGGGCGACUGCAACUGUGUUAGCAGAAAUUUGGGGAAAAUGGGGAUUUAAGGUUAUUCAGUCAGUAGAGAAAGAAAUUUGGUAAGUUCUGUGUUAGGAUCUGGCUGGCAGAAUUAACUUUUUGAAAAAGUUUUAUAUACAGAUAUUUGUAAUAAAUUUGGAGCCAUAGUCAGAAGACUCAGAUCAUAAUUGGCUUAUUUUUCUAUUUCCUUAACUAUUGUAAUUUCCACUUUUAUAUAAUUUCCAUUUAAAAGAUAAACUUAUUUAUUUAUUUUUUUAACAGUCAAAAAUUUUUGCUGUUGUAGUCUGCAACCUUUAAAAUGAUUGUGUUGCUUUUAGGAUUGAUCAAAGGAAACACUCCAAAGAAUUAGGAUGAAACUUUGGCGCAGCAAGAUUGAAAUAAUGCAAUUAACUAAGAAGCAGUGCUCCAGCCUAUUAUGAUAGUUUUCUAAAUGGAGAAAUAUUUGGCUACAUACACGUAAAUGUUUAUAUUUUGUUUUCAAAUGAAAACUUGCUGCUUUGGCAAUAUUCAUAAAUGAAGCAGAAUUUUUUUUCUCGUCUAAAUAUGGUAGUUUCAUUCUUAUUAGCUGUAUCACGGGUAUUGGUGCUGUAUAACAAUGAAUUGUAACUAGCAUGUAGUUCAGAAUACACAAUGUUAGGUUUUUUAAAAUUUCUCAGUGAUUCUAUUUAUAAUUUCAAACUUUCACAAAGUGUACAAAGAAUUUCAUAAAUAUGUUUUCAGUGAACUCUUUGCUAUGUAGGUCAUUAAACACAGCAUUUACUCUUAUAAGUGAAAAUUUCUGAUCAUCUAGAACAUUGGCACUUAUUUCAAUUUGCAGUGUCUUUUUUUUUUUUUGAACGAAUAUAUAAAUGUUCCUUUGACUGGUAUUGAUAAAUGGUUCAGAAAAGAAACGGUGAAAUAAAAGUAAUAUUUAUUCACAAUGAUCAAUUAAAUUAUUUGCCUAACUUAAGAAUACUACUGUGCAUAACUCAAUUUGACAUGAAGUGAUAAGAGUCUGAGUCUACCUGUGGAAUCUGUUGGUUUGUUUUCAGUGCUUGAAGAUACAUUCAAAGAUAAUUGGUUUUGGAAGACGCCAUAUAAUUUUAAGUUUUACUUUAACCUGCAUGCUGUAAAUGUGUUUUAUGUUUAAAUAAAGAAGAAAAUUUU